GUCUUUUUUAUGUCUUUUUGAUCACAUACUGGAUCAUGACUGUCUGCAAAAAGAGAUUGUGGCCUUCACAAGUGUACCUAAAUCUUGUUAUGUUUUGUUUAAUUGUUAUUAUUUGGAAGUACCAAAUUUGUUAUAGAACAAAUCCAUUUAAGCUAGAUAUUUAUUUUUACCAUAUUUCUUAACUCAUGAGAAAUGGCAGAAUAGAUGAGAUUUUAAUGAGGCAUAAUCUUCCCCAUUAAUUUCAGAUGAUUUCAGCAUGAUUCCAUUUAUCUUAAAUGCUCAUCAGCUUAAUUUCAACAUCAGUAGUAAUAGAAAUCAUUCCAUCUGAAUAGUCUUAAUUAUAAUUAUACUUUUCUAGGCACUAUUAUCAGGCUAACACACACCUUCAGUGCUUGUUGGAGACCUCCAGUGCAGGGGUAGGGUAAUAAUAAUGAUGCACUCUGGACUAUUAUUCUUAAUGGGUUAGAAAAUACACUUUCCAAAAUGAAAACUAAGGCACAUCAUAGUUAUAAAAUUUUAUUAUAUUGUUUUAUAAAAUAAAUUUCCAAAAUAGGUUGUUAACAUGUCUGUCAGCUUGUUAAUUUAAACGGUGGAAAAAAAAAACUUUUUGACAGUUGUGUGGCAUUGUGUAAAGAGCAACAGAGAGCUAAACUGCCUGCCAUUAACCCAGGAGACUGGAAUUUAUGUCCUGUGCAAAUAAUUGUUUUAAUGUUGCAUUAAAUUUUUUUAUACUUACUUUCCCUUUCUGGCUUUCUACCAGAACUCUGUUCAUGUACAAACAAAAGGAGAGAGGACAGAUUUUCCUCAAACUCCAUAUUCUCUAGUUCUGACAAAUCAUACAGUAUCUAGGUAUCAAGAACAAGCAGCAGUAUUGUUACCUGUCUCUUAUAAGAUUUUCUAAACUCCAGAUGAGAUGAACUACAUGGAGUUGCUCUGUUGUAAAAGAUGAUAUCACUGCGAUCAGAUAGUUUUGUGUGAUAUUUCUGUGAUAUGCAGUAAUACCUUUGGCAUGUACUCUGUAGGCAGUGGGUCAAAGCUAUCAAGCUAUGCAGCUGGUAUGGGUGUGAAAGAAUGACAUGGCCUUAGAGGAAAGAGCUGACCUGUCAUCUAAUUACUAAGCUGCCUCUCCAAAGCAUCCUAAUUACUGAGAUCUAUGCAGCUGCAUGGUGUUCAUUCUGCAAGUUGCUACUCUGACUGAGAGGAGGUCAGUUAAAGCAACACUAUCUAUACUAUUUUCGUACUGUACUUGAUAGUGUAGUCUCUCACAGUGACCCCAAAUAUCAGAGUAAUAUUUCAUUUGUGCUUAAAUGUGGUAAACUGACUUGUUCAUUUGUAAAUAAUGUUCUUUCCCAUUUUUAAAGCAUAUGCUUACAGACUUAGCCAUAAUUUGUAGAUUGUUGACACAUACAUACACUACCCUGUAUUUACAAUGUCAGAAGUUAAAAUUACUUAUUGUGUUUUUCGCUUAAUUCUCUGGUCUGUUGAUCGAAUAGAUUUGCAACAAAAACAAAAUUGCCGAUCAGUGCUCAUUUUCACUAUUUUGUCAACAAAAUAAAUUAUCUUUUAUUUUUUUGUCAGUCAUGAUGAAGACUCUCAGUCAUUUCAAGUUUAAACUGUUGGCUUAUGCUUACAUCACCCUAAGGCGGAGUCACUGAGGCAGUGGUUUGUCCAUGUGUGGGAAUAGCUGAUUAAGAGUGCCACUUCCCAGGGAUGUUCCCCAGAGGAAGCCCCAGUGGACAGGAUGAACCCUACAAAUCAGACCUACUUCCUCUCUCGCCCAAAAGGGGAGACCUUCAGAAGAAGAGGUCACAGAGCCUCCAGAGGCCAGAGGAUAAUGGACUUCAGGACCUUUCUGAUCUCUCCCCGUCUGGUGAAGACAGUAGUUCUGAUUGCCAGGAUGGCAUUGGGGCUGUAAAGGAUACUGUACCUAGUCUCACUGAAAGGAUCAGAAAUGAAGAAGAGAAGGAGGAAAUGCAGACUGAGCAGUCAGAACAAGGCUCUAGUAACAUAGUGGAACAUAUCCUAAAGGAGCUGAAAGGCAUCAACAAGAUUCAGGAGGAAAUAUCUGACCUGAGGCAGUAUCUAACAUCUGUGCGAGGCUCAGUGGAUGAAGUAUCUUGUUGUGUUGAUGCUGUACUCAGUGAAAUAGGUGAGCUGUACUCUGGGGCUUCAGCUGCACCUGAUCCUAGUCCAGUUUCUCAAACACCUCGCUUCAGGCGAGGAAGCCUUGGUAGGCAGAACGCCAUAACAUCUCUUUACUCAGAAUGUAUAACAUGUGACAGUACUCCCAAACCUUGGCAUGUUGAUAGGGUCACUCUUCAUUCAGACCAACAAACAGACCAACUGAACCUGGAGCAGAGUUCAAACAUGCUCCUGCCAGGCCCUGCAAAAACUGACCCUUGCUACCUGGAGCUUCAUCAUGGCCAUGGCUACCAAAGCACCAGCUCUUUGUCAUCAUGUCACAGUUCCAGCUGUCAAGAAGCAGGCUUUCUGUCUGGUGACACAGAAUACGACAGGUGGCCUUCUGCUGACAUGCAGCUCAGUAUAAGUGGAGAGGGAGGUUGGAGUGAGGAGGACAUCUGCUCUUGUGCAAACAGUACAGAAGAGCUGGAGAACUGUCUAGAUGUGUGGGGUAGGUGUGCCACAGAGGAGACGCAAAGCAGCACACCAGGUCAUUCUUCACACAACAGUUCUGAGCAUCUCUCAUUACUGUUUGGACACCAUUAUAAUUCCCCUUCAAGUACUUCCAGUGUUGUGGAUUGGAGACCUCCUAGACUACAAACUGAGGAAGAAAACUUGGAGUGUGACUGUUCCGCUAACUGCCCAUACUCACGUAGUUCUGGUUACCACACAAUGGAUGCUUGUGCAAAUGAAAUGGACAGUGGACCCUCUAGAAGUCUGAGCUACUCCACUGUACUGUUGACAGACUGUGAUGAUGGGUACCUGGAGCCACAUUCACCGUGCGAUGACUGUCCAUCAUCUGGUGACACUCUCGAUCUAGGGUCUGCUGACAGUUUGGACAGGGAGUGGACAGAUCACAGCAUCUCCAGGGAUGAAGUAGGAGAAUCAGUGACACAGGAGUCUUCUGAAAUAGAUGAUGAUAGCGCUAUGACUUCCAAUGUCGGUUUUGAUGCUACAGCUUUUAGCAAGGCUGUACUCACUUUUAGGUCAGCUUUGAAAGGGGCUCUGAAAAAGUUAGAAGGAUCCAACCCUGAAGAUUUGCAAGAUGGUAGUGAGUCUGAGGCAUCUCCAUCCCCUGUUAGACAAACCAGUGUACAGGAGCAGAGCAGUGCAGAGUACACAGAGAGAGAAGUUAGUCUGGCAGAAAAUCACACUCAAUUUGGCAUGCCAAACGAGGACAGUGAAGCUUCGGUCUAUAUGGAUUGUAAUGAAAUAUGUGAAAACCUGUUAUCCUCCUCUCAAACAUUUCCCCUUGAAGCAAGCCACUCUCUCACCUCAACCGAGCAUCACUCUGAAGAGAUUUCAAAUGGCAGUGGAGAAUGUCCAACAGAACUAUCUAACCUUGACUUAACACCAGACCAUCUUCCAGCAAGACAGGACGAAGGUGCACUGGGUCUGGUGCUCAGUACAGAUGAGGUGCGGUUAAGCCCAAUUAGAGAAAAUCACAUUCUCGAUGAGUUAAAUCAAGAAAAGCCUACCGAUGCCAGUCACAGAGAACGUAUAGCUAAUUUCCAGCGCAUUCUGAGAGAAAAGAGGCAAACUCGUCACAGACUGUCCAAAUCUGCUCAGGGGUCGCAAGGGUCCCAUGGCUCACAAGGGUCUCAGGGAUCCCAAUCUCAAGAUGAGUUUAUCUCAGAAUGUUGGAGAGAAGAUAAUCAGGUUCGAGAUGAGGAACCCAAUGCUAGGCAGGCCUGGGUUAAACCAGGUGGCGGAUCUGGUCUGUAUGGAAUUGACAGCAUGCCAGACCUGCGUAAAAAGAAGCCUAUCCCCUUGGUCAGCGAUGUGGCUAUGUCCCUCGUUCAAGCCAGGAAGGCAGGGAUCGCAUCUGCCAUGGCUGCACGCUCCUCAAUCAAGGAUGAGGAACUGAAAAAUCAUGUCUACAAGAAGACGCUACAAGCUCUCAUCUACCCCAUAUCCUGCACUACACCUCAUAACUUUGAGGUGUGGACUGCCACUACACCCACAUACUGCUAUGAGUGUGAGGGGCUGCUGUGGGGAAUAGCCCGCCAAGGCAUGCGAUGCUCUGAGUGUGGAGUCAAAUGCCAUGAGAAGUGUCAAGAGUUGUUGAAUGCUGACUGUCUACAGCGCGCUGCCGAGAAGAGCUCUAAACAUGGAGCUGAAGACCGUACCCAGAACAUUAUCAUGGCCAUGAAGGACAGGAUGAAGAUCAGGGAAAGGAACAAACCAGAAAUCUUUGAACUUAUCAGGGAAGUGUUUGUCAUCAGCAAAGCCAUCCAUGCUCAACAGAUGAAGACCAUCAAACAGAGCGUACUUGACGGCACAUCAAAGUGGUCAGCCAAGAUCACCAUCACAGUUGUUUGUGCCCAAGGACUUCAGGCAAAGGACAAGACAGGAUCCAGUGAUCCAUAUGUCACUGUUCAGGUGGGCAAGACCAAGAAAAGGACAAAGACCAUUUAUGGCAACCUCAAUCCUGUCUGGGAGGAGAAGUUUCACUUUGAGUGCCACAAUUCUUCAGACCGAAUUAAAGUGCGUGUGUGGGACGAGGAUGAUGACAUCAAGUCGAGGGUGAAGCAGCGUCUCAAGAGGGAAUCUGAUGAUUUCCUUGGCCAGAGUAUAAUUGAAGUUCGAACGCUGAGUGGAGAAAUGGACGUCUGGUACAACCUGGAGAAAAGAACAGACAAGUCAGCCGUGUCAGGUGCCAUUCGCCUCCAAAUCAGUGUGGAAAUCAAAGGGGAGGAGAAAGUGGCUCCAUAUCAUGUGCAGUACACCUGUUUGCAUGAGAACCUUUUCCACCACUCGACUGAUGUGCUGGGUCAAGGUGUGGUAAAAAUCCCAGAAGCUCGUGGAGACGAUGCAUGGAAGGUCUACUUUGACGAUGUGGCACAGGAAAUAGUGGACGAGUUUGCCAUGCGCUAUGGAAUCGAGUCAAUCUACCAGGCCAUGACGAACUUUGCCUGUCUGUCAUCUAAGUAUAUGUGCCCUGGGGUUCCUGCAGUGAUGAGCACCCUGCUGGCCAAUAUUAAUGCCUACUACGCCCAUACAACUGCCUCCACCAAUGUGUCCGCCUCUGACCGCUUUGCUGCCUCCAAUUUUGGGAAAGAACGGUUUGUCAAGCUUUUAGACCAGCUACACAACUCAUUGCGCAUUGACCUGUCAACCUACAGGAACCACUUUCCUGCCAGUAACAAGGAUCGCCUGCAGGAUUUGAAAUCCACCGUGGACCUUCUAACCAGCAUCACUUUCUUCAGGAUGAAGGUCCAGGAGCUACAGUCUCCGCCCAGAGCAAGCCAAGUGGUGAGGGACUGUGUCAAGGCCUGCCUCAACUCUACGUACGACUACAUCUUCAAUAACUGCCAUGAGCUGUACAGUAGACAGUACCAACCUGUUGACACAAACAAGGAGGAGCUCCCACUGGAGGAACAGGGUCCUAGCAUCAAGAACUUGGACUUCUGGCCCAAGCUCAUCAUGCUCAUUGUCUCCAUCAUUGAAGAGGACAGGAACUCUUACACGCCUGUUCUGAACCAAUUCCCUCAAGAGCUGAACGUAGGGAAGGUGUCAGCAGAGGUCAUGUGGACCUUGUUUGCUCAAGACAUGAUGUAUGCUAUGGAAGAGCAUGAGAAGCACAGACUGUGUAAGAGCACUGACUACAUGAACCUGCACUUCAAGGUCAAGUGGCUCUACAAUGAAUAUGUCAAGGAGCUGCCAAACUUUAAGGGCGUUGUUCCUGACUACCCAUCCUGGUUCCUUCAGUUUGUGUUGCAGUGGUUGGAAGAAAAUGAAGACGUAUCUAUGGAGUUUAUGCAUGGAGCACUAGAGAGAGACAAAAAAGAUGGAUUCCAGCAGACAUCUGAGCAUGCUCUGUUCUCCUGCUCUGUGGUGGACAUUUUCACCCAGCUCAACCAGAGCUUUGAAAUCAUCAAGAAACUGGAAUGUCCUGACCCUAAUGUUAUGGCUCAAUAUAGCCGCCGCUUCUCCAAGACUAUCGCCAAAGUUCUUCUGCAGUACAGUGCCAUUUUGACUAAGAGUUUUGCUUCUUAUAUUGACAAAGAGAAGAUUCCAUGCGUCCUGAUGAAUAAUGUGCAGCAGUUAAGAAUCCAGCUGGAGAAGAUGUUUGAGUCGAUGGGUGCCAAACAGAUGGACACUGAGGCCAGUGACUUACUGAGUGACCUGCAAGUGAAGCUGAACAACGUGCUGGAUGAGCUCAGCAGCACAUUUGGGAACAGUUUCCAGAGCCGUAUAAAUGAUUGCAUGCGACAGAUGGCAUCUCUGCUGUACCAGAUCAAAGGACCUCUCAACGCCAACAACAAAAACCAGGUGGAGGCCGACUCUGACAACAUGCUGCGGCCACUCAUGGAUUUCCUAGACGGAAGACUGACACUGUUUGCUACCGUAUGUGAAAAGACUGUACUGAAGCGUGUGCUCAAGGAGCUGUGGAGGAUCGUAAUGAGCAGCCUGGAGAAGACCAUCGUCCUACCGCAGGGCAACGAUACCUUUGGUGCACAGAUUCUCUCAGCUGCGAAAGAACUGGGUCAACUCUCAAAACUCAAAGAUCACAUGGCAGGGGAGGCUAAAAGCUUGUCUCCCAGGCAGUGUGCUGUCAUGGAUGUGGCACUGGACACUAUCAAGCAAUACUUCCAUGCAGGAGGCAACGGGCUGAAGAAGGCGUUCCUGGAGAAGAGUCCUGAGCUGUCCUCACUUCGUCACGCUCUGUCCCUCUACACUCAGACAACAGACACUCUCAUCAAGACCUUUGUGACCACCCAACAUGCACAAGUGCACAACGGAAAGGGUAUUAGGUUAACUCCCAAUGAAAAAAUACAGCCCAGCAGGGGUUCAGGCGUGGACAAGCCAAUAGGUGAGGUGUCUGUCCAGAUCGAGCUGCACACUCAUCCUGGGAGUGGAGAGCGGAAGGUGACCGUCAAAGUCAUGGGAGCCAGUGAUUUAAAGUGGCAGACGACUGGCAUGUUCCGACCCUUCGUGGAGGUCACCAUGAUCGGGCCUCACCUCAGCGACAAGAAACGCAAAUUCCAAACCAAAUCCAAGAAUAAUAGCUGGUCUCCCAAGUUCAAUGAGAGCUUCCACUUUGUUCUCGGUAACCAGGAUGGCUUUGAGUGCUACGAGCUGCAGAUCUGCGUCAAAGACUACUGUUUCGGUCGUGCUGACAGAGUGGUCGGCUUGGCCGUGAUACAGCUAAGAGACAUCAUGGCAAAGGGCAACUGCGCGUGCUGGUGCCCGCUGGGCCAACGCAUCCAUAUGGACGACACAGGCCUCACCACCAUGCGGAUCCUGUCCCAGCGCUCCAACGAUGACGUUGCCAAGGAGUUUGUGAGACUGAAAUCAGAGACUCGUUCGGCUGAGGAGGGCAGAUGAGGAGAGCUGGAGAGGAAGGGAGGAAGAAGGAUGUAAAAGCGUGGAAGGUGCCCUAAUUUCAAAACAACAGGAUCCCACAUGACACACAUCUUGUCAUAAAACAAGGAAAUUUUAUUUUCCAUAGAUGACCAUGUGGACUUUUUCUCAGACCUUUUAUGUGUCUUAGCUGCUGUCCACAGACACACAUUCACACUCUGGGUAUUUUGGACAAACAACUUUUUCAUGUUCCUCAAACACUUUACCAAGCUGCUGUACAGCACUCGACUGCAUAGACGCAGGCUCACUCAACGUUCACACCCACCUGCUGUUUCACUAGGCACUGACCACUCCACUCACUCCUUCAUUUAACCUUUAUUAUUACCCAUCUUCCCAUCAGUUCACACACCACAGCCUCAAGGGAACAGAGGAUGCCAGUCCCCUCUGCCGGGCCCAAACAAGUUCCCACCCCUCCCCAUUGUUGUUGUGCAAUAACCCCACCUAAGCCCCUCAAACUGUGUUUGAUGCCUUACACUCUGCAAACUGUGAAUGUGUGAAGUGAAAAAAAAAUGUCUUUUGAAUGUCCUGCUAUAUAACAUAACUGUGAUGGUUUGUUUAAAUGUGAAAAUGCUGUAUGGUUUAUCUCAUAAAGGUGUAUUUUGUUUGAUGAAUGAAUGAAUGAAUGGCAGCUAGCAAGGCGACAGUCCUUAUUUUUGAGGUCUGUCAGUUGAGGUGGAAGUGAAACUGAUCAAACAAAGGUAAUCAUGUACAGUUAAUGUGUCAGGAGAAGGCACUUAAACUACUAACACUUAAUUUGACCUCUUCGUUCAAAGUCAGUUAAAUGUGUGCCUUGCACGUGUCAAGUCUCCAUUCCCAGUAAAGCAGUGAUAUGAUCAGUAAACAAUCUAAGUGGCAAAAUCGACAAUAGCGUGAUUUAAACCUAAACCUCAUAAAACAAAUGAGUGUGUGAACAUACACUCUGGCCAUAUUGAUUUAGAAAUAUAAGCUCCAUUGACAACUCUUUGGUCAUGUUGUGUAACGCUGAUGGUGCAGCCAUUUUAUUUAUUUUUAUACAUAUUUAUUUUUCUCUGUGCUUUUUAGCGGCAGUGGUUUAAAAUGUUGUUUACUGCUGGGAAGAGACGUGUCUGAGAAUUUGCACAGCGGUUGCUGCUGCAGCGUUGUGUACUUGAGCUGCAGUUCCUACCGAAAACUUCCUUCACAAGAUGAGAUAGACACCGUCAGAAUAAAAUGACAGCUGGUUAUGAAAUUACUAACAAAGCUGGUAAAUCAUGUUCUGGACUUACAACAGUGAUUCUUGGCUCUAGGCUCAGUUGAUAAUUUUUUCUUCCAGAAAAAAAUAAAUAAAUAAAUACCUGAACAUUUGAACACAAGCUCCACAGCUGCUAAAGGGUGUAGAACUGCUUAUGGUUUACAUAUAUCUUCCUGCUCUGUUUUCUUCUACUCCUACUAUGAGUGGCCUUACUUUAGUGAAAUAAAAGCAAACAAAAUAUGUGUAUCUUUUUAAUCUUUUUUUUUUUUUUUUUUUAAUCCUUAUGUUUCUUUUGGCUCUCAGCAAUGAGGAUUGGCCACUUCUUUGCCCUUAAUGAUAUCAAAUAAGUUUUCCAAGUGAUGCUCCUUAUCAUUUUUGUACUUUUUAUCUUUGCUAUUGCAAAUAUUAUAAGUGUAUCUAGUAGUUUGUUAUAUUUUGUGUUCUGUUCCCUCUGUUGUUCUGUGAAUGUAAUCCUCUUUAAUAGUUGACUGUAUUGUAAGAUAUGUUUCAGUUUUGUGGACAGGAGUCCUACACAGUGAGAUAUGUGCCAGUGAAUUUGUUCAUAACUGAUGGAAGAAUAUUAAAAUGUUACUCUUAAUGAAAGAUGGAUAUUGCUGUAAUAUGAUAACCUCGGUGUGUGCACAUUUUUUAACCGAUCACUUUGUGGAAACCACAAAUUCACAUUCCUCUUUGUUACAUCUCAUUAUCCAUUGUGUAUAAUUUAUAGUUGUAUGAAGGCAAAUGUUUCAUAGCCAUUCUGUAAUAUACAUGUUCCUUGUGCCAAGUUGCAAGUGUUCACUUUUUUUUUGUAUUUCCGUUCUCUAAAUUUGUUAACUUUUGCACAAAAAUCACAAAAUCACUGCAGUAGCUAACAAGUAUAGUACAUCAGUCACACUAACUGCAUUUUUGUGGUGUUUUUUCUUUGUGUUGUCACUGCUGUUGUCAAUGUGUAAACAUCCAAUGUAAACAUGAAUUUUGUAUAAAGUAUUUGACAAAUAUC